GCUCGGUUGGGCCACGCACGGCCUCUCUCCUCCUCGCCCUGCAGGGUUCACUUCCCAGGCCAGGAGCAGCUGGUCCGCCUCAUCUACCAGGGGCAGCUCCUGCGGGACGAUGCGCAGACGCUGGCUGCCCUGCACCUCACCAACAACAGCGUGGUGCACUGCCACAUCUCCCAGCACGGGCCGCCGCCGGGGUCCGCCGGCCCUCCGACCAACGUUGACGCUGCGCACGCGGCCCUGAAUGUGGGCAGCCUGAUGAUGCCGCUCUUGGUGCUGAUGCUGGGUGCGCUCUGGUACUUCCAGCUGCAGCACCGCCACGUUUUCACAGCCACCGCCACCACCUGCCUGGCAGGCCUCACCCUUGUCUUCAGCUUCGUCGCCUUUGCCGUUUAUCGCAGAUAACGGCACAGCCCAAGGCUGCCCGCUGUGGCCCACGCCAAGACUUGGUGCCAUCUCCCCCGGGCCAGGCACCCUGCUACAGCUGUCCAAGGGACCCUGGGUGCUGCUGGGUCUCCUCCUCGUUGGAGGCCUAGGCGCUCCUUGGCAGCUUUGUGCUCGCUUGAGCCACGGGGGAGGCUGUGGCAGCCUCAUGGCAAGAUCUGCAGCCCAUGUCUAUCCGCGGGACAUCAGGGCCACCAGCCACGGGAGGAGGGGUCCUUGCUGUCCCAUGGUUAUUUUCCCAUUAAAGCUGUGAAGGAAA